AUGGCUGCCACCAGCGUCUCUUCCUCGGCCUCCACGGCGUCCUCGCAGAGCUUAGAUGAUUAUUCUCUGUACAGUAACCUGAGUGAUGACGAGCUGCUGCAGCUCGCUAUCGAACGCAGUCUGACGGAUGCCAACCAAGACUCAACCGGUGCCAACAUGCCUCUCAGGCCUGACAGCAAGCAGAGCCCCCCGAAGUACAGCUCCCACAAUCCUGCUCCAAACCGCAACUCCCACAAUCCUCCUCCAAACCGCAGCUCCCACAAUCCUCCUCCAAACCGCAGAACCCACAAUCCUCCAGAUGACACCAGAGCACACUACAGCUCCCACAAUCCGCCGAAUGCAAAACCUCCAGAUCCUUUGACGUUUGAGGGGACGAUCAGCUGCUUCGUCACCGGCUCGGGGAAGAGGAUGGUGGCUUAUCGGAGGCACGAUGGCACCCUGGUCCACCUGGCUCCAGAACCUGAAGCGGAGGAGGAGCCUCUGUUCAAAGCGAUCCGUGAGGGAGAGGCCUGCAGAGUCCGAGCUCUGGUGAUGCGUCCCGAAACAAACUUGAUGCUGCCGAGUAAACCGGGCUGGCUGGCGAUCCACCAGGCGGCGUUUUACGGUCAGGAGAGCUGUCUGAGAGUCCUGCUGUCAGCUCAGCCGGGGAUGGUCAACAAGCGGACAGAUCGAGGAGAGACGGCGCUGCUGAUUUCUGUCAACAGGGAGCAACCGCGAUGCGUUCAGGUGCUGCUGGACCACAGAGCCGACGCCGACAUCCCCAACUAUGAACGCGAAUCACCGCUCUUUAAAGCCUGUGAGCGGGGCAGCGCCGCCCUGGUGGCCGUGCUGCUGAACCACGGCGUGCUGGUGAACGCAGCGUGUUCUCAGGGAUGGACUCCGCUGCAUGAAGCCGUCUGCAAGAACAACGUAGAGAUCUGUGAGAUGCUUCUGAAGGCCGGAGCCAAACACACGCAGACCGACCGCUACGGCAUCUCACCGAUGUUCAGCGCGGCUCAGAGCGGACGGCUGGACACCCUGCGCCUCCUCCUCAAACACGGUGCAGACAUUAACAGCCAGGCGGCGGACGGAGCCACCGCUCUGUACGAAGCAGCUAAAAACGGCCACGAGAACAUCGUGGAGUUCCUCGUGUCUCAGAAAGCCGACGCCAACAAAGCGGGAAAGACGGGAUUAUUACCGCUGCACAUCGCCGCCCAGAGAGGACGUGACACCAUCGUCUCCAUGGUGAUCCCGGCCACCAGCAGAGCCAGGAUCCGCCGGUCCGGCAUCAGUCCGCUCCACGUGGCCGCCGACCGUAACCGUGACGACAUCCUGGAGACGCUGAUCGAGGCGGGCUUCGACGUGAACGCUCAGCUGUCCGAGGAGCGGUCCAAGCUGUACGAGGACCGGCGCAGCACGGCGCUCUACUUCUGUGUCAUCAACAACAACGUGGAGGCGACGCGGCUGCUGCUGGAGGCCGGCGCCGACCCGAACCUCGACAUGUUCCGGCCGCUGAUGGUGGCGGCUCGGUUCGGCUGCAUCGAGACCGUCACGCUGCUGGUGGAGCACGGAGCCGACAUCAACGCCUCCAUCCCCACGCACCCCACCACCUUCCCCCCCGUCUACAUGUUCUGCAUGAAGUACCUGUCCAUGUUCAAGUACCUGCUGGACAACGGAGGCCACGCCCACUCCUGCUUCACCUGCAUCUACGGCAGCCAGCCUCAUCCUCCAAUCAAAACGACCCGAUCCCACAGGGGCAACCUCGACAGCCCCAACGAUGACCAAUCAGAGUUCAGCCCGGCCCAAGGCGUCCAGUUCUGUGAGAUGAUCUCCGCCCCCAGCAUCUCUCGGUGGGCGGGGCCAAUCAUUGACGUGCUAUUGGACUACGUGGGUCAUGUGACUCUGUGCAGCAGACUGCAGGAACACCUGGACAGCUUCUCUGAUUGGUCCGUCAUCAAAGAGAAAGCAGCCCCGCCCCGCCCGCUGCUGCAGCUCUGCAGGCUGAUGGUCUGUCAGCUGGUCGCUCCGCGGCGAAUCCAGAAGCUUCCUCUGCCGGGAGGACUGAUCCGCUUCCUGCAGCACCAGGAGGGAUCCAUAACCCUCUGA